AUGGCUUUUACCUUGAAAGAACGGCAGAUGCUGGGGCUUCAAGGACUCUUACCCCCGAAGAUUGAGACGCAGGACAUCCAAGCGUUACGUUUCCACAAGAAUGUAGCAAAAAUGACGGAUCCCUUAGAAAAGUACAUCUACGUGAUGGGAAUCCAGGAAAGAAACGAGAAGCUGUUCUACAGGAUCCUACAAGAUGAUAUCGAACAAUUAAUGCCGAUUGUCUAUACACCAACAGUAGGCCUUGCAUGUUCCCAGUAUGGGCAUAUUUUUAGAAGACCAAAAGGACUGUACAUUGCCAUAACAGAUAAAGGCCACAUCCGAUCUGUGGUAAACAACUGGCCAGAGAAUGAUGUGAAGGCUGUUGUCGUCACAGAUGGAGAACGUAUCUUGGGCCUUGGGGAUCUGGGGGUAUAUGGAAUGGGAAUUCCAGUUGGCAAACUGUGUUUAUACACCGCCUGUGCUGGAAUAAGACCUGACAAGUGCCUUCCUGUAUGUAUUGAUGUUGGAACUGACAAUCAGACGCUUUUGGAAGACCCAUUUUAUAUGGGAUUGUAUCAGAAACGAGACCGCUCUCAGGUUUAUGAUGAACUCAUCGAUGAAUUCAUGGAAGCCAUUGUAGGCAGGUACGGCCAAAACACCCUCAUUCAGUUUGAAGACUUUGGCAACCAUAAUGCCUUCCGCUUUUUGAGGAAAUACCGAGAAAAAUAUUGCACUUUCAAUGAUGACAUACAAGGGACUGCGGCAGUUGCUUUGGCUGGAUUAUUGACAGCACAGAAAGUCAUUGCAAAACCCCUCACCGAGCACCGGAUCCUCUUCCUUGGAGCAGGAGAAGCUGCCCUUGGUAUUGCAAAUCUCAUCGUCAUGGCUAUGGUGGAAAAUGGCCUUUCUACAGAAGAAGCUUAUGAUAAAAUUUGGAUGUUUGAUAAAGACGGCUUAUUGAUAAAGGGCCGGGCGGAAAAGAUUGAUGUUAACCAGGAGCCCUUUACUCAUCCAGCUCCAGGGAACAUACCAAAAUCUUUCUUGGAUGCAGUGAGGGUUCUUCAGCCUUCGGCCAUUAUUGGAGUUGCCGGGGCUGGGCGGCUGUUUUCUCACGAUAUCAUCAAAGCGAUGGCCGACAUUAAUCAGAGACCCAUCAUCUUUGCAUUGAGUAACCCUACUGCGAAAGCAGAAUGUACAGCUGAGGAGGCAUACACGCUAACAGAGUCUGUGUGA